AAAAUAGUCCUCUUAGCCAUGCCAUUUUCCAGAGUUUUCCCAGAAACAACCUGGAUUAUGACAGCUGAUUUCCGUCUCCCUAACUUGCCUUUACCAAACCAAACCCUUCUCUUUUUGUUAGGCUGUGCGACCACAGUGCUGGUGACAGGGGCAGGAAUUGGUGAGAUGGUCCUGCAGAUGCUGGUCGGUUCGAUAUUCCAGGCUCAGGGAGGCUAUAGUUUCCUGGUCUGUGGCGUGAUCUUUGGUUGCUUGGCUUUUACCUUCUAUAUCUUGCUCCUGUUUUUCCACAGGAUGCACCCUGGACUCUCAUCGGCUCCUACCCAAGACAAACCACUUGGAAUGGAAAACCCUGAGUGCUACCAGAGGUAAAGCUGGAUGAAGGAGGAAAGUGCAGACUUCCAGCCUCCUGAGCACCAACACGACUAAACUGUUUAAGAAAGCUGGGGGUGGCAGUGGAGGCAAUCUCUCUCCAUGCCUUUGCUUAAAUCUUCUCCACUAAUACUUAGUUGGGUAGAAGAAAUUAAAUUGAGUCCUGGUACCUGGAUCCUUCCCAGGCAAAUCUUUAGAAGUUUAC